ACAGAGGGACAUUCUCAUGUCCAGACCAGAGCCAAAGGGACGAAUGCGCUCUUUAUACAUCUGUUUAUAAACACGGUCUAUGGUUCUGACACAACAGGACACAGAGCUGAAACUUCGCAGCUGUUUGUGUCGUCCACGCGCUGUACGUGCCCGCGCGUGUGUGCGUGACGCUGUAGUGAUGGGACCGGAAGCACAGAUGUGAUAAGAGUCUGCGCUCCUGCAGAACUGUGUCUCUCCAUGUCUCACUGUGUCUGAGCCACAGGGACACUGCUCCCAUCGCGGUGUAGACAUGACCCUGAUGAUCCUGCUCCCGCUGCUCUGCCUCCUGUCUCCGGGCUUUGGACCAGCGUCUGCGCAAGACACAAGGCCCAAUAAUAUGGUGACUGUGUCAGAAGGGGAAGAUGCUCUUCUCCCUUGUGCUCUGAGCUCUGGACAGAACAUUGAGCAGUUUGACUGGAGGAAAGACAAUGGAGAAGAAGAGAAGAUGGAGGUGUUUAUGUAUAACAAAGGCUCAUACUACGGCCAGGGCCUCCUAGGUCAAAGUGAACAGUUCGUGGGUCGUGUUGAGUUCUUUAAAGAUGAACUCAAAUCUGGAAAUGCCUCCAUAAAGAUCAAAAACACACGUUUGGAGGACAGUGGCACAUACACCUGUUUGAUAAUGAAUCCUGUCACAUCUGUGGUUAACAUUAUCCUUAAUGUGGGAGCAGCUCAAGUGCCAUACAUUGAAACUGUUCAUGAUGAAGUUACUUGGCGACAGCUGAAGUGUAAAGCUGAAGGUGUCCCUGAACCUGAGGUGGAGUGGAGAAACAGUGAUGGGGACGUUCUGGCAAAUCAUGUUCCACAGAAUCAAAAUGGACGCUCUCAUGUUGAACUUCAACUGAAUGUGACCAGGAGUGACAACUACACCUGUGUGGUCACUCAGAGCAGCAUCUACCAUCAGAUCAGUAAUACAAUGAAAGUGCACAUUCCAGAUUCCUCGCCUCUCGUGCCUAUUGUACUUACUGCUGUUGUUACUGUUGCAGUCGUUGGAGUGUUGUUAGCAGUGCUCCAUUUCAGAGGCAUUCUGGUUCUGAGUUGCCCUGGUAAAGGUAAACGAAUAUAUGAAAACCCCAAUUCUUGACUUUGGUUUUAUUUUGAUAUGCAAAGUGUAAUUAUGUAUGGCACUGCUAAUUUUUACAUGGAGCAACAAAUGCUGAAAUAAACCACGAAACUAAAACUUA